AUGCUAUGCUAUCUAUUGGGCAACUUGUACAAGUUCAACCCUGCAAACCCCUUUCUCAAUCCCGGAUGUCUUAAAUGUCUACGUCAUGCGUUUUUUUUUUUUUCAGUUGUAAAUGCAGCCUAUACAAGAAGUGACGAGAUAGAAUUACAUCCGUUGAACGGAUACUAUAAUAAUUUAUUCAACCCGGACUGGGGAAUAUCAGGAAAUCAACUACGAAGGUUGUCUCCCCCUGAUUAUAGUGAUGGUGCUUACGAACCAUCAGGUGUUUCAAGACCGAAUCCUAUGGUUAUCAGCGAUACAAUACAUAAUGGACCAAGUGGAAAGGCUUCAACAACAGGACGAAAUGCCUUAUUUGUGUUCUUCGGUCAGCUGGUUGCCGAUGAAAUGAUCAGUACCGGUAACCCUGGGUGUCCACCAGAAUACACUAAUAUUCCUAUACCAGAGGGUCAUAAAUACAGAGCCCUAGCAACGGAAAUGACGUAUCAGAGAAGUGGUUAUAAUGCUAAAACUGGCAAUUCACCGAAUCGUCCUCGCCAACAGCAAAAUGGAGUAACAUCGUUUCUCGAUGCAGGGUUUCUCUAUGGAACAACCAAGUUUUUCACUGACCAGAUCCGAGAAUUUCGAAAUGGUCGUCUGAAGGCCAGUGACCAAACAUCCACACGCUUUCCCGCCAAAAAUGAUAUACGACUACCAUUGGUUAACGCAGCAGUGCCACGUGAUCACACGUUGAAACCAGCAACCAGAUUUUUCAGAAUUGGUAAUGCCAGGGGUCACAUGAAUCCUUAUCUUCUGUCUCUACAAAUUGUAUGGUAUCGAUGGCAUAAUCAGGUCGCAGAACAGCUCCACGCUGCUAACACCGGUUGGAAAGAUGAACGGAUUUUUACCGAAGCUAGAAAAAGAGUAACAGCCCAUUUCCAGAAAAUAGUGAUUAAUGAUUGGUUAAAGUUUCUAUUAUCAACCAAUGAUUCUUCACCACUUCCUCCAUAUAAAGGAUAUCAGAACUCCGUUCAUCCGGGAGCAACUCAAGAAUUCCAAGUGGCGAUGGAAGCUAUAAGCCACACAAUGACUCCCGGUGGCGUCUUUACCUUGAGUGAUACUUGCCAAAUCAGCCCAACUACAGUAUUAAAUAGACAAAAUGAAGGAGUAAAAGUGGAAGCCGUGAGAUUAUGUAACACCUAUUGGGAUCCACAGGACGUGGUUGAAAAUAAUUUCGAGUCUAUCAUCAGAGGAAUGGUUUAUACAAGAGCAGAAAAGGAAGAUUUAGAUGUUGUAGCAGAUAUUAGAGAAUAUUAUCCGGGGCCACUGGAAUUCUCAAGAAGAGACCAAGUAGCAGUGACAAUUCAGCAAGGCCGAGAUCAUGGUCUUCCAUCCUAUAAUACUGUUAGAACAUCGCUAAGAUUAUCUCCCUUGGAGUCGUGGUUUGAUUUUAGUUCCGGUAACUCUACGAUGAUAAAUGCCUUGGUGGAUUUAUUUGGUACCACAGAUGACCUUGACCUUUAUACUGGCGGGUUACUGGAAAUACAAGAUAACAACCCCGGGCAACUAUUUCGAGCUAUUAUAGUUGAUCAGUUUACAAGGAUUAGAGAUGGUGAUAGGUUCUGGUACGAAAAUCCAAACAAUGGAUUGUUUACACCGACAGAAAUAGCUGAUAUCAACAGAAUAACAUUUUCUGAUAUUUUACGAAAUGUGACGUCAUCACCUGGCCAGAUACUUCCGGAUGCGUUUAAUUGUAAUGGUAAAGACCCACCUAAUAUCGACAGUAACAAUGAUACUCGAUAUGAUCAAUGUUCCCAACUAGAACUGUAUGAUUAUUUUAGUGGAAGUGAAGUGUCGUUUGCUCUUUCGUUUCUAGCUUUAUUUCUGGUGAUACCAGGAUCCUUCAUGGUUUUAAUGUUGCUGAUUCGAAUGCGUAAAAAGAAAUUUGAAGCAAAAUCGAAGAAAAUUACAUUGAAACAGAAAUCAGCAAAUUGCUACAUCGCUGAAGAAUGGCUGGGAAUGAAAUCAGAAAACAGAAAAGUGAAAGUAGAGUUUCAGCAAGACAGGAAGAAGAUAAACGUCAAGAAUUGUCGUGGUCAGAAUGUUAGGUUCAUCAACUUACGACAAGUGCCCAAGAUACAAAUCAAAUUGUCCUACGAUAAACAAUUUAAUCUGGUUUUAGUCAGGGUUCCUGGCGAAGUGGAUUUGAUUCUACGAUUUGAAAGCUUAACAGAACGCCAAGAGUUUGUAGUUGAUCUGGAGAAGUUUGGAGGGGAAUUAAAUAUAGAGAUCACGAGAACAGAGCAGGCCGAGAAAGUUAUUUUAACCACAUCCAAUAACAGGGACGAUCGCCAGAAAAUACUCGAUGCUUUCUUUAGAGUUGUCUGUUUACAGGUACAGUUCUUUAUUGAGCUUGAUUUUGAAAAUGAAAAAUCGAGGUUUCCACUUUUCCACAGUCCGCUUUUCUCUGAGGUUAUCAAUAUAAAACUGACACGUACAGAGUUUGCUGAAGCUCUAGGUCUACAACCAUCAUCAAUAUUUGUUAGGAAUGUUUUUCUCUUGGCUGAUAAGGAUAAGGAUGGGUUCCUGUGUUUUAGAGAAUUUCUGGACAUGUUUGCCAUAUUUGCACGAGGUUCUGCUGAAGAGAAGGCCAGGUUGAUGUUUAAUGUAUAUGAUAUCAAACGCAAAGGAAUAUUGAAUAGAAGAGACUUUGAGAAGAUGAUCAAGUCUCUGUUAGAUCUGUCUGAAGCCAAGUUAAACGAUGACAAGGUGAAGGAACUAAUAGAAGUCAUGUAUAGUCAAGCUGGUUUAAACAACAGAGACACUAUGAACUUUGACGAUUUUAAAAAAGUGUUUGCAUCAGACGAAUAUAAAACUACAUUUCAAUCCGCAACAUUGGCAGAUCAAGUCAAUAGGAUUUACAAGGGUUUAUUUAAAACUAAGUACAACAUUUACAAUGACGAUCUGGAUUCAUAUCCACCAAAUGGCCUAUUUAAUAUAAUACACGUGCAUUAUAGAGGAAAACGGGAGAAAGGUGUUAUUAAUAGAAAGAAUAGAAGAAGUAAAGUCACAUUAGAGAGUGAAGCGACACCAGUGAAGGGACCUACAGGAAUUCAAGAGAAGAUCUAUGCUAUAACUAAAUAUAUAGAGAUCUAUCGACUUCAUAUAUUCUGGGUGUUAUUAUAUACUCUCGUAACGUGUGGUAUCUUUAUUGAAAGGGCAUAUUACUAUGCUGAGGGUCGUGAACACGCCGGAUUGCGGAGACUAUCUGGAGCCUGGACGACUGCAAUGAUUCGUGGGUCAGCCAGUGUGAUUAUGUUUACCUAUGUUAGUCUGUUAGUCACGAUGUGUCGAAACACCAUCACACUACUCCGAGAGACAGUUCUUCAUCGGUUUAUACCUUUUGAUUCAGCGGUAGCUUUCCAUAAAUACAUUGCUGUUCUUGCAAUGAUAGGCACAAUUGUACAUAUAUUUGGUCACGCUGUGAAUCUGUAUUGUGUUGUUACCCAACCUCCACAAGAUGUUAGUUGUCUCUUCAGAGAGUACUUUAGAGGAUCCCAUGAAAUAGCCACAUUCCAUUAUUGGGCCUACCAAACCAUAACAGGUUUGGCUGGAGUUGUUGUUACAAUUGUGAUAUUCAUAAUGUAUGUGUUUGCUACACAGUUCGCAAGACGGAAUCAUUUCACAGCUUUUUGGUUAACACAUAGUUUAUAUUUAACAGUGUAUCCAUUGACUAUAUUACACGGGAUAGGAGUACUGGUUCAGGCCCCCAUAUUUCCCUACUAUCUCUUUGGUCCAUUGGUAUUAUUUGUGUUUGAUAAACUUGCCAGUUUGAGUCGAAAUCGUGUUGAAAUCCGAGUGAAGAAAGUGUCCAUCUUACCCUCUGAUGUGACAGAAUUGGUGUUCAGAAGACCUGCAAACUUUGACUAUAGAUCCGGCCAAUGGGUACGGAUUGCUUGUCUAAAAUUGGGCAAGGGAGAAUACCACCCAUUUACUCUGACGUCCGCUCCUCAUGAAGAAAAUUUGAGUCUUCACAUCAGAGCUGUUGGUCCAUGGACAAAGAACCUGAGGAAGAUAUAUGAGUUUUACAGCAUUGGAAACAAACCUUUACCAUUGUUAUAUGUUGAUGGUCCAUUUGGAGAAGGUCAUCAGGAUUGGUUCACCUUUGAUGUUGCUGUACUAGUUGGUGGAGGAAUCGGGGUGACUCCGUUCGCUUCAAUAUUAAAAGAUAUUGCCUUUAAGUCUAAAGCUGGAAUAAAAAUAAACUGUAAAAAGGUAUAUUUUGUGUGGAUAACGAGGAGUCAGAAACAUUUUGAAUGGUUGAUAGAUAUUAUUAGAGAUGUAGAAGAGCAGGAUGUGCUAGAAAUUGUCAAUGUUCAUAUUUUUAUCACUCAAUUCACACAGAAAUAUGAUCUGAGAACCACCAUGUUGUAUAUUUGUGAACGAAAUUUCCAAAAAGUGGAAAAUAAAAGUUUAUUCACUGGACUCAGAGCCGUUACACAUUUUGGUCGACCAAAGAUGGAAGACUUUUUACACAGUUUACAUCAUGAAUAUCCAGAGGUGGAGAGAUUUGGAGUAUUUAGUUGUGGUCCAGGUCCAAUGACCAACUCAGUUCAAGCUGCAUGUACUUUACUCAAUUCUAUUGAAGGACCAACUUAUUGUCAUCAUUUUGAAAAUUUUUAA